UUGUAUUAGCCCACCUUCUUUCUCCACCGCGUCUUCUCGUUGAUGGCGCCUGCAAAACCUAAUCCGGCUCCGCCGCCACCUAAGAAAGCCGACGGAAAACCCUAAAAAAAGCUGAACAAUCUCAACCCUGCAAAUUCAGAGCGAGAAUUUCGUCCUUUUCUGAUUCGGAUUGGCUUUGUUGGGCUUGAGAUUGUUGUGUGGAGGGUUUGUUAUCGAGAAUCGAUAAAGUAUUAAAACCUGAUUCGUGUGAAAAAAUGGCGGAGGAAGGUAAGAAGAGUACCGGGCUCUCCUCUGGGCUGGCCUCUAUAUUGUCGGAUGGCAAUGAGAAGGAAGUUCCGCAGAGGUCUCAUCUUGUUUCGUAUUUUGAUGAUCUUGGGAGUCAGUCUGUGGAAAGGACAAUAGAAUACAUAUUGGAUCUCCCUCACAGGUCUAUUCGUCCGUCCUCUGGAUUGGUUGAUGUUAGUUUCAUUCGUGCUGUCUUGAGCAACCGAUUACUGGCAUUGGAAGUUGGUAAGACCACGGAUUCUACUUACAGGGAUGGGAUUAUGGUUAUUGACUGUGGUUUUGGUUCUAACGCCGUUGUUAUAGAUAGUGCAAGUAUCUCUGGGGAAAUAAGAAAUACCAAAACUUUGCUUAUGGAAAGUUUAGCAUCCUUCAGCAGCACUCGAGCCAAUGCGUGUGUGUGGAAGGGGAAAUGGAUGUAUGAAGUCACAUUGGAAACUGCCGGAGUUCAGCAACUUGGGUGGGCCACUGUUUCCUGUCCCUUUACUGAUCGCAAAGGAGUUGGUGAUGCUGAAGAUUCAUACGCUUUUGAUGGAAGGAGGGUUAGCAAGUGGAACAAGUACUCUAAAGCGUACGGUCAGUCGUGGGUUGUUGGCGAUGUGAUAGGUUGCUGCAUUGAUUUGAACAAGGACAUGAUUUCCUUCUAUAGGAAUGGAGUGCCUUUAGGUGUGGCUUUUGAUGGGAUCCGUAAAAUGGGGCCUGGGAUUGGUUAUUAUCCAGCACUUUCUCUUUCUGAAGGUGAAAGGUGCGCGUUAAACUUUGGUUCUCGUCCGUUUAAGUAUCCUGUUGAUGGCUUUCAUCCUAUUCAAGCUCCACCAAGCUCUGCAACUGCUUCACUAUAUUUGCUUCAAUGCUUAUCUCGGUUAUUGGAGAUGCAACAUAUGGAUAAAUCUAAUUCAGCAUACUUUGAGAAACUGAGAAGAUUGAAGAGGUUUUCUCCUAUUGAAGAGCUAUAUUUACCUAUCUCCCAUGGCAUUUGUGAGGAGCUCUUUGCUAUGAUUCACUCAAAUCAAGGUUGCAGUGAAUAUAUUUCAUGGGCUGCACUUUUGCCAUUCAUGUUAGAAGUGUUUGGAUCACAGAUUCCUCAUGAUUAUGCUUGCUUGGAUCAGGUUAUUGGACUUUUUUUUGAGUUUCAUGGUCAUGUUUCAUUAUUUCAGCAUCUCAUCAUGGCCCUUUCCUUCAGCUGCAAGACUGCUCCACUUGUUUUAGUGGAUUGUCCUUAUACUGGAUCAUAUCCUUACUUAGCUUUGGCUUGCCAUAUACUCAGCCACAAGGACAUGAUGACUUUGUGGUGGCAGUCGCCUGAAUUUGAAUCGUCAUUGGAAGACUUUUUGUCAACAAAGAGUCCAAACAAGCAGGAUCUUCAGUUAUUGAUUCCAUCUGUAUGGUGGCCUGGAUUGUCAGAUGAUGUUGGUUCUGAAAGUAGUAUGAUUCUCACAACAGGAGCUUUGUUUGGAGCUGUUAAUAAGAUAGAGGAGCUGCAUCGGCAACUUUGUUGUAUGAUUAUACGAUUCAUACCUCCAACAACUCCUAGCCAAUUACCUGGAUCAGUGUUUAGAACUUUUCUACAAAACUUAAUCUUGAAAGUCAGGGGUGUAGAACAUAAGGUGCCUCCUUCAGAUGCGUCUAACAAUUCUACAGUCGUUUCUUUGUACACGGCGAUCCUUUAUUUCUUAUCUGAAGGUUUUCCAAUGGAUGACAUAUAUGACUUGAUGGGCUCCACUGCAAAUUCUGAAGCUGGGGGAGGCUUUCUUCAUAGGGGUGGAAAGAGAAAUUUCCCAGUGGGGUUGCUAUUAAAUGCUGAUACACAUCGAGGUUGGAUCUCAAGGGUUGGAGGUUCAAUUAACCAUUUAUUGAUGUCCCACCAUGUCAGUGACGAUGAAAAAGUUUUGUGGUGGGAUGAAGGAUGUAUGCAUGACUAUGAUACAAAAAUAACACACUCUACAAGACAAAAGCCUUGUUGUUGUUCAUCCUCCGAAGUCGAUAUAUUUAGAACAUCAAAAGAUAAUGCUAAAUGCUUAGGUAGAAAUUCAAACGGUCCCUGUUCUUCUAUUCCAGAGAGAUCUGUUACUGCAGAAUGUGCUGCAGGCAGCUUGAGUGAUGGUAUUGUGGACAAACCUAGUUCAAGUGGCCGAACAGAAUCGGAUUUUGGGUACCAGACCUUGCAGCAUCUUGGGAGUGAGCUGUUAGUCAAUACCUCAUCUUUAGAUGCGCUACGUGAGGAGGAGUUGCUUGAUAUCAUGCUCUUUCUGUAUCAUUUGGGUGUUGCUCCUAAAUUCAGGCAGGCCUUCUACUACAUGUCUCACCAGUCACAUUCAAUAUCUCUAUUAGAUGACGCAGACAAACAAAUUAGAGAAAAGGCUUGCAUCGAACAAUUGAAGAAAUUAAAAGAAGCUCGGAAAAGUUAUUACGAAGAGUUAGUUGAUUGUGUCAGACAAUGUACCUGGUAUCGAAUUUCUCUUUUUUCUCGGUGGAAGCAAAGGGGAAUGUAUGCAACUUGCAUGUGGGUCGUGGAAAUGCUUUUGGUUCUCAGCAAUAGUGGAUCAAUCUUUCUUUGUGUUCCAGAAUUUUACAUAGAAUCACUGGUUGAUUGCUUUCAUGCACUGAGAAAGAGUGAUCCUCCAUAUGUUUCUCCUGGAAUUUUUAUCAAGCAAGGUCUCACUUCUUUCAUUACCUUUGUUGUCAAACACUUCAAUGAUCCACGGAUAUUGAGUGCUGAUGUAAAAGACCUUCUGCUUCAAUCCAUAUCGGUGUUAGUACAGUGCAACGACUACAUGCUUGCCUUUGAGUCUAACAAAGAAGCUGUGACUAGUAUGCCAAGAGCAUUGCUUUUAGCUUUUGAUAGCAGAUCUUGGAUUCCUGUAACAAAUAUACUUCUUCGGCUGUGUAAGGGUUCUGGAUUUGGUUCCUCAAAGCAUGCGGGGUCAUCAUCUUCAGUUCUUUUCCAGGUGUUGCUUCGAGAGAUAUGUGUCUGUGAUGAAGUAUUAUUUUUCUCAUUCCUCAAUCGACUUUUCAACACCCUUAGUUGGACUAUGACAGAAUUUUCUGUUUCGAUUCGGGAGAUGCAAGAAAGCUAUCAGAUUGGAGACUUGCAGCAGAGAAAAUGCACCGUAGUUUUUGAACUCUCUUGCAAUCUUGUGAGAGUGUUGGAGUUCUAUACCAGGGAAAUUCCUCAAGCAUUUAUUCAAGGACCUGAUAUGAAUCUUAGAAGGCUAACGGAGUUGAUCAUUUUUAUCUUGAACUAUAUGAUUUCAGUUGCAGAUACCGAAUUUUUUGACAACUCUCUUAGACGACCUGGUCAAUAUCACGAGAAGACAAGUCGGUCUAUGAUAAUGGCUCCUCUUGUUGGGAUUAUCCUAAAUCUAAUGGAUGCAACAACAAAGUCAAAACAUGGAGAGACGAUUGAUAUUAUUGAAGUCUUUGCAAGCAUGGACUGCCCUCUAACAGUACAUUGUGGAUUCCAGUACCUGCUUAGUUAUAAUUGGGGAAACGUGCUGAGAGGGGAAGCCUCUCUUGCUAAACUAGCACAGCUUAAGGAGUUCGCCAAUUACUUAAGGAGCAGAAUAGUGGCAUUGGAAGGAGCUGUUGAGAUGGCCAUCAAAGCUGAUGAAAAUGAAGAUGAUAGCGGCUGUUGCAUCUGCUAUGCGGUUUUUGAGCCUCAUGUCGCCCCCUCCCGCCACUUUUCCUGCCUUGGCUGUAUCACCAGGCACCUGCUGAAUAGCCAGAGGUGCUUCUUUUGCAAUGCGACGGUCACAAAGGUGGUUAAGAUUGGCCAGAAAGCUAAUCAGAUUUCAGGAGAUUAAUUGUUUGAUUCUCUGUUCUGCUCAAAGAUUGCAAUUAUGGCUCUGGCAAUUGAUUUUGUUUGCGCUAUGCUAUGCGGGGGAGCUAUACCUUUAGUUUUCUUCUUUUUUUUUUCCCUUGAAAAUUAGGAUUUUACCAACAUAGUGGCUGCUGAGGUAGAGGAUUAGUGGCUUCCGCCAAGUAUAGUGUGUAUAAUUUGAUGUAAAUGAUAUGUAUGAGAGAGCCCUACGGCUAUGGUUAGUGAAUGAAAUGGGGAGGUGAAUUUUGUAGGGCUUAGGCCAUUUAAUCUGUGUAAAUUUGAGUUGUAAAUUUAAGGAAUUACGUCUCCCUCCCGUUUUCUCCAUUUUUGUUUUUGUUUUUUUUUUGUUUUUUUUUU